UGCAGAUGAAUCCAAAUGGUUUUAGUGAACCAAAUUCUGAGCUUCUUGGUCGGUGUAAUUUAUCUUCUUCCUCCUCAUCCAUUGGCGGCGGAGGCGGCGGCGGAAGCGGCGGCGAGGAUGAGCAGGAGGAUGUGGCGAAGUGCCUCAUCCUUCUUUCUCAUCAAGGCCUACCAGAAGGUCAAAAUGGCGCGGGCAAGGCAACGGAGUGUUGUGCAUACGAGUGCAAAACCUGCGGCCGAACAUUCCCAUCAUUUCGAGCCCUAGGCGGCCAUCGGUCUAGCCACAAGAACCCCGCCAUGGCCGCCGGUGACCAGAAAUCGAUCUCCGGCACAUCGCCGGCCUACAAACAUCAACAACAGCGACUCAACAACACCAUUUCAAGCCCUUUCGAUCAGCUUCGUAUGAACCGAACCGGUUAUUAUCACAAGACGCACGAGUGCUCCGUCUGUGGCUCCGACUUCACUUCCGUCCAGGCCCUCAGCGGCCACAUGCGCCGCCACCACCGUGGCUGCGGCAGAGAUUCCGGCGAAAUUGUUCAUCGUCGUCGUAAUUUGUUGUGUUUGGAAUUGGAUCUCAAUCUUCCAGCCGCUGAAGAGGAUAAAAGAGAUCAAUCCGGCGUCGUUUCAAUGGCCGCCAUGGAUCUGGUAAGCUCCCAUUAUCGAGAACAUUGAGCAUUUCUAGUUAACAAAUUUAGGUUAAUACAAUUUCUAAU